GAAAUGUCUUCCUGUUUCUCGAGGAAGGCGAAGCGUUUGUUGUAAAAGCUUCCAAUCGUUGUUGCCUAUGUUGGACUCUACUAGUGACUCUGUGGCGAAUCUCCUGCCGCCCAGCAUGAAUGUGGCGCCACAGAACCCAGGGUGUUCCUACAGGACUGGGAGCAGCAAUGCGACACGGGCUAGUCUUUACCAAAAGCCUGCUGGCACGCCCCUUCAGAGACGGCCGGUAAACGACAUCUUUCCAGAAACAGAGACCAUGUUCCCCCUGCUGUCGGAUGGCCGCUAUGAGUCCUCUAUGUCGAACCACGCCUUCGACAGUCCUCCCGAGUUGUCACUGAAGUCUUCCGCCAAAUCUCCGUCGCCCCCGAUUCACUGGAGAAUGUCUAAGGCUCCGGCGCACAGCAUGGUGUCUGACCGCUGGCGUACACCGCAGGAGCCGACCCAGAAAAAGAAGAGAAGCCUACCUGGCGGAUUUCUCAAGCGGAUAUUCUGGGGCACCCCUCGAAAGUAUUUCAUGCCUCCUGAGACGAAAGAUUCGUCUCCCGAACAGAGGUUCAGCGACGUCAUUAUGCGCUACCACAAGCAUUCUCCGCAAUCCAUCCUCAGCGCCGAUGGCUCCAGGACGAAAAGGGCAUCGCAGCGGCUACCGGCUUCGGAUGUGAUUCAUUCAGCGCCACCGCCCACUCACAGGAAGAAGAAGAUCACUCCGAACGACAGGAAGAUGGUGUACGCGAAGAUCCUACAGGACGCCCUCAACAACCAGGAUCCAAACACUUCAGCCCUUGUGGUGACUCCGGAUCCGGAAACCGGCACGAUGUUCGCGUUGCGCCUCUUUGGCCCAUCAGCAGGAUUUUUCCUUUCCUCGUACUGCUUGUCGCACUACGAAAACCCCUACGUUGAGCCCAUGAUUGAAAAGUCAGAUCCCCGAUGGGUCGGUGCCUGGUGGAUGGGAUACAUGUUGCUCGGUCUCAUGGCGGCAUUGUUAUCUACACCUUUGCUCCUGUUCCCAAGGAGACUUGUCAGAUCUCCCGGAGACGAAGCGUCAUCUGCAUCCAAGUUGACGCCCAUCCUUCCAAGCUACAAUCCCGAAGAUACGGAUGGAAAUGCAGUGAAGGAAGCCGUGAAGCGUCUCUUGAAGAAUCCUCAAUUCCUCUGUCAAGCUGCGGCUCUGUCUUUCAUCGUGAACGGACUGAUGGGCUUUCUCUUCGCCAUGCCCAAAUACAUGGAGACACAGUUCAGAAAGUCAGCGUCAACCGCCAGCCUUUUCUCAGGUUCCACAUCACUGGUCACGAUGCUGGUCGGAGUUCUUUUUGGUGGCGCUGUUAUUCGGAAGGUCAAACCGAAGGCAAAUUGGAUAUCGGCUUACAUUAUAUUCGUGGACGUAUUUCUUUCCGUCUGCUUCUUCGGUGCCAUGUUUCUCGGCUGCAGACAGCUGGAUAUGGCCGGCACAAGGUCUUCACUAGGAGGGCUGAAUCUGCUGAACAAAUGCAAUGGAGACUGUGGAUGUACGACGGUAGUGUUCCAACCCGUGUGUGACCCAGAAGAUGACAUCACGUACUUUUCGCCGUGUUUUGCUGGUUGCAAAGGCGUCAAUGCAUCAAACAGCAACCAAAUGCUGGGAUGCAGGUGCGUCCAGGGGGCCACCGAAGAGACGCCAGGGACUCCCGACACAGGAAUCUGCUUCAGCGAGUGUAGCCUCUUCGUGCCGUUUGUAGCCGUGCUUUGCCUAGCCAAGACCAUCUUUGCCACUUCGCGCGUCGGAACAGCACUCAUCGAAAUCAGGUCCGUCCACCAGAAGGACAAGACUGUGGCGCUUACCCUCCUCUUGAUGCUUGGGUCGAUUUUCGGUUUUGUACCCUACCCUUUGGUGUAUGGAGCCAUCAUGGACAGCUGCUGUCUGAUCUGGAACACAAACUGUGGUGCACAGGGCAAUUGCUGGCUGUAUGACGCCGAUAAGUUCCGGUAUACUCUACACGGAACCUCGAUGGGAUUCGUGGUUGUGGGCGCCGCGUUCAACUUCCUCGCCUACACAUUCCGCAACCGUUACGUGGUGCCUGCGCCACAGGAGGAAGACGAUGACGAAGAUGUCGUUUUUAUGCGAAAUAUGGGCCACCCUGGGAUGACUCAUUCGUCUUAGUGACCAUAGAUUGCUUUUAUAAAGCAGUUGAAGAUGUUGACUACUUGUGGUGUCAAUGGCGACAGCUUCGUCCUAUAUAUUACGCAUUUCGUGGCACACUUACUUUUUUGCGUUGAAAGUCUGCGAGAAAGUAGCAGUACACUACAUAAUUUCGCUACAUACCACCCUCAAGGCCAGCCUCUGCGCAGAAUCCUACCCUUGUAAAGAGUACACAAAAUCUCAAUGGAAUGUAGAAAAGUGUAGUCUUUAGAUCCCUUGUCACAAGCGUCUAUUCUGUGUCGCGAGCCUUGAGAGCCAGGAAGAAAUCCUAGUAGCUGGACAGGUUCCUUCUAAUAUGAGGAAAGGGCCACAAUGGGCUAAAUACAAGUAUGUGUCUUGCUAAAUGUACUUGCUUACACGGUAGGAACUACUGGAACUACUGCUCAAUAGGGAACUACUGCCUUCCAUGGAAAAGGAAUUGUAGACACUGAUGACGUCGUGGUUGUGGAAGUAUUCUUGUUCAUCGGACUAGAUUACUGUAGCGUGAAGAAAUACGCAGUCAUAAAGCAUACACAAAAGUAACCGGGCAGACAAUAUUAAUCAACACACGGUCUCGUAGACAGCUGCUCGAUGUAUUGGUUGUGUGAGUUGCAAAACUUCGCGCAAAAUGCGCAAAAAUAAAUGAAUACCAGAGAGCAUGGA